CUACACUGUUGCUUCGGGGGCGGCUGCCUGUUGCGCUGUAAAUGUAGCGCUGUCUGUGCUGUAACCUUGUGGGAUGGCCAAGGAAUGGCGAACUUCGGUAUUCAUCGCUUGCAAAUUAGUGAUAGCGACGACAGCGACCGGAAUAUUCUCGUGAGAGCUGAAAGAUGUGCGUCGUACGAAAGCACCGAGCGCAUCGAUGCUGGCACGUCUUGGGCCACGGCGUCCCAUGAUGACAUCCCAUUAGAUCUCACCAACUCCGUGGAAACCUGUUACUCACAGCACACUGAACUAAGUUUCCCCAGCGGUGAAAUACAAGGUGAACGGCUGGCAAGGUGCUGGCAGUCAAACUACCACGAGGCGGCAAUAUUCCUAGAGGAAGGCGAAAACAAUGAUAAGCUGGACUUCCAUCCAUGCAGCCGCGAAGCACUGCCAGCCUAUCUUGUCGUGCACAAUGUGCUCUUCUACUGCCUCGACCUACUCUCGGCCACCGUGCUUAUGGCACUGGCCCUUAUGGAGGCCCCCGCUGUGCCAGGCCUCAGCGUCCCUGUCGCCCUUCACAUUUCCGUUGAACUCCUGGCCCUCUCUGUCGUUGCUGUUGAACUCUGCAUGAAACUCCGGUGGAUGGGACUCAAACCAUUCCUUACUCACAAGAGAACUGUUUUCAAACUGUCCAUCCUGCUGUUAAUGCUCAUAGAGGCACUUGUGGUUGCUGCACGGCAGGCCACACACUUCCGCAUCCUUCGUGCCCUCAGGCCCAUCUUCCUAAUCGACAAUCACUACUUGGGCGGCGUUCGGAGAUUGACUCGGCAGAUCCUGCAGUCUCUUCCACCAGUGUUUGAUAUGUUGGUCAUAUUGUUUUUCUUCAUGACAGUGUUUGCCAUUUUAGGAUAUCACAUAUUCUCAUUUGUUAACAACGAGCCCUACUUCAGUACGCUCUAUGACAGUCUCGUGAAUCUCUUCGUACUGUUGACAACGUCCAACUUCCCUGAUGUGAUGAUACCAUACUAUGCCAACUCCAAAUGGGCUGCACUGUUUUUUGUCGUAUUUCUGCUGGUCCACCUCUACUUCCUGAUGAACUUGGUGUUGGCAGUGGUGUACGAGCGUUUCUCAUCUCUGGAGAAGGACAAGUUUCGCAAGCUGCUACUUCAUCGCAGAAAAGCCUGCCACCAGGCCUUUCGCCUGCUUGUCAAUCGGUCCUCUCCAUCAUGCCUUUACUUCUGCCACUUUGAGGGACUCAUGAAGUACUACAAGCCACGUGCAAAGCGAAGAGACGUCUACUUGAUGUUCAAGACCAUGGACACAGCCCAGAAUGGAUUUUUGAGCCAGGAAGAGUUCCUUCAGGUGUACGAAGCCAGCAAGCUCACAUGGGAGCGGAAAUGGUCAGACUACCCUUGGUUUAAUGAGCUGAAGAGACCAUAUGAGAGAAAACUGUUUGAAGGUGCUUACAAGUUGAUCACUUGGAAAUGGAGCAACGUUAUCAUAUACCUUGUCAACACAAGCUUUCUCUGGCACAUAGUGGAAAUCACUCAGUUGACAGGUGGCCCCUCGUCAUUCUUAGGGGAUGGAAGGACUGGACUUUCAGCAUGGCUUCUAGUUGGGCUGCUCAUAUUUUAUCUCACUGAGAUGCUUUUGAAGAUAGCAGCAUAUGGUGCAGCCGAUUACUUCCACAAAGGCUGGAACAAGUUUGACUUUCUGGUCAUCGUGGCUGCCGUUGUGUUUGGGUCCAUAGGAGCCUUCUUGGAUGCUAACUUGUUGCGAAUACUCAUCUUUCGUUCACUGCGGCUUCUCAAGUUGUUUCACUUGAAGAAGAGCUACCAUGAUGUUUUAGGCACGGUGUUCAUCCUGAUGCCUCGAUUUGUCAGCGUUGGAGUUGUCCUUGUUAUUGUCUACUACUUCUUUGCUGUCAUUGGAAUUGAGGUUUUCUCACAGUAUGUUAUGGAGGACUGCUGCAAGAACACAACGGUUGAACUCUACUUUGCCACGAACACAUCAUCCGGACCGGGCUAUUUCUACCUGAUGAACUUUCACAAUCUCGCCAACAGUUACGUGACCCUGUUUGCCCUGAUGGCUGUCAACAAUUGGUUCAUCAUAAUGGAUGGAUACGCUGCAGUCACAUCAGAGUUCAGCCGUCUGUUCUUCAUGUCCUUCUAUCUUAUUACUAUGAUCGUCCUGCAAAUUGUUGUGGCUUUUGUGUUAGAGGCAUUCAUAUUCAGGAUACAGUACAAAAUGAAGAUAGGCAAAGAGAGCAAAGAAGACAACCUCGUGAGGGUGGAGACAGCAAUGUCACGGGCAGAGCUGCAGUUCUGCAGUGUGCCUCCCGAAUUGUCCAGAAACCCACAGCCACUGAUCUACGAUGUGGAUGCCAAUUCCCAGAAACUUCUAUUUCGAGGGGUGCGCUGGAAAACAAAGUUUUCCUUCUGCCUCAAGAUGUAUGCUGAUGAAGCAAAGGAAUGGCUUGAUCAUGCGGAGCUGGAGGAAAGGCGCUCCAAUGACUGGCUUGUUCUCAACAUGCAAAGCUCUGAAGCUGAUGGUGGAAACCGAUGGAGUGGAAGCAACGCUAAUCGCCGGACGUUUACCUUAUGACUACAAACAGCCUCUGUGUGACAAGGUGUACAGCUGUACAGUACAUCGACGCAAUUCAUAUUUUACACAUCAACCGUGCCAUCAUUGCUGCUGGGUAAAACACGAUGACAGUGUCUCAGCCAGCUUCAAUUAUGUCUGUUUCACAGUCAUAAGCUGCAGUAAUGGGCAAUCCAUUCCUGACUCAAAUUGAUGUAUGGUGGUCAACAUAGUCGACUCAUCAUCUGCAGGCUAAAAAAAAAAAAAGAAUCCAACUCCGUCCAUUCAGGAUUUGAUUCUGGGUGCAGUGUGCGCCAGCUUCUUCAAAUGUGCUAUGAGUAUAGGAUGGCUGCUUUGACCAAACUCACCGUGUAGAAGGCAAGAAAAAACAACUAAGACAAGAUGAAAGAGCAAACAUUCAUGGCAUUAGGGCAACAGCUAUUUCUGUGAAAACAUCAUGAAGUGCACAAGUCCUUGUGGAGGCUUUUAAUUAUUUAUAUACAUUUUUUAACCUCCAACUUUAUUUGGCUAAAAGGGGGUGUGCACCUUUUCAAGCAGUCUUUUAACAGUUGACCAUAAGAGCAUUCAAAGUUAACCUUUGACAUAACGAAGUGACCUUGUGUACUGUAGUAAGACUACAAAUGUAUGCACAAGGCUGUCAUCGAUGCACCUGCAUGAAAUCUACAGCGGCUAUGAAGCUUGGACUUUUAUGGUUUUUCCCUCAAGGCUUGAAUGCCAGGCUGGAUGCUAACCAACUACUAUACAUUAAUUUGCGACGUCUGCCACCAUCCAGUAUGAUAGCACAGUGAACGGGAACCUUGUACAAGGUCGACACAACUCAAGUGGCAUUUUGAAACGUACAUUUUUGAAAGAAGAUUUGUGCUUUACGAGUGUAUACAUUUUAAAUUGGUAUUUACAUUUAAACUGAAUAGUUUAAGCAAAUGUCACAAGGUUGAAAAACCAAAGAGAGCUAGGCUGAAAUUGAGCCAGCAAAAUGAUAUAUUUUGAUGAACGUCUUUUCAAAGCUGCUCCUGCAUAGUGCAUUUUAUGUCCUAUAUGUGCUAACUCGCCCUGUGCUUUGAUCGUUGCAACUUUUGUAUGGAGGUCACAUUAGAGGUGAAAAUAUUUGCACUGCAAGACUUCAAGUUUGCUGUCCUUCUAUGGCUGUUUUGACCAGUAUCUAUUUUAAUGCUUCACUUGUUUCUUGCAGUAUCUUUGAACAGAAGCAAUUGACCAUUACUGCUGGUUGCUUGGGAACUUAAUCCUUGCUGUUGUGCUUUUGGUAGCAGGUGGAGCCGCUGUCAGGCUAAACACAAAUGCACCUGAUUAAGGGCAAAAAAGCUACUGAUUAAGCACAAAAAACAGAACCCAAAGAAUUUUCUCUCAGUACUGCUUUAAUGGAACAUGGUAGCUGUUAAUAUUGUUUUGAAGCCAACACAGGAAUCAUGAAAUUGGCUUUCCUUAUUACUUGGCAUGUGUGGCAACAUGACCACAGUUUGAUUUUGAUGUGCCUAGGCUGCAAUGCAACUUUUUUUUUUUUAUUAUUUUCUUAUUUGGAGGCAAUUUUCACAAAACCCUUCAUGCAAUUCUGUGAAAGUGCCAGUCAAUUGCAGUGGCUUGUGCAUGCUCCUGGCUUGGUUUUGCAGUUCCUAUGCUUUUUGAUGUGCAUCAUCUACACUGCUGUUGCUACAUUUCGUAAAAGGCAAUGGUUUGACCAUCAUGCUUUUCAGAAUGAGCUACAGGUUUCAGUUGGCUCUGCUAUUGCUAAUACACUUGGCAAAAGCCAUCCCUCCAUCUUAGCUAGCACAUCUGACCGUGAAAGUAUAUUUAAACCAUUGCAUAGGAAAUGUUACCUGCAAGGCAAAAGGUGCACUUGAAUUGGGCACUUGAAAUUAUGACAUCUUAAUAAAGUAUUUUAGGCGGCAAUGUUUGGGAUAACCGUACCAUUAGAGGUUCCCCACAUGAGUGAACAAGUGCUUGAUGCUUAGGCUGAACAGAAAACUGAUGUGCGCGUAUAUAUGAAGGCCACAAUUAAUUAAAACCACAAAGCGGGACAGAAAAGUGAGUGAAAAUAGAGGAGUAGAAGGAACUAAGUCCAGGAGUCUCAAAUAAAUUAAGUGCACAGCUAAUUGCUUGCUAGUCAGCUUCGGCACUUAGUAUUACUUUGUCAUCAUGCAUACUGAUGCAAGAAAGUUGGCACUGUGAGAACACUAAGCUGUGUCUGAACAUCUGCACAAGUACAUUUACUUCUGAGCCAGUGUAAGAAUGUUGUCCUCACUAUGCCUUCAAACUCUGAUCGCAUGACCAUCUGGCAUAUGUUGUUCCAGACAGGCUGCAUGGUUGGUGUCAGUGCUUUUCCCGAUUUAUUCAACCUGACAGAUUGCUAAAUGCACUACAGGUUUGGGCCAAUUUCGCCAGCACUGAGCUGUGUGCCAUCUCACUGCAGGCCAGAAAUUGGGCAACACACAAGAGUCGCUGAGAUCCCACUCAUGUGGGACAUGCUGACCUGUAUUCAAAAGCUUUGUUUGCAUAAAUGCCAUUCAGUUAACGACUGCCACGGGGGGUCGUCUUGU